AUGCCUGAAGUUUAUGAUGCUUUUCUCGCCGGUCAUUUCAGUGUACAGAUGUCCAAAAGUAACCCAUUUGGUCAAAACGAGGCCGACAAUACCAUCGAGAAUACGAUCAACAGGGAUUGCAAGACGAGUGGUGGCUACAUCGAAUUCAGUGCCAAUUUCGCGGCGACUCAGCGGUGGGUCUUGAACAAUUCCAGGCGCAGCUCAUACAGACGACUCUUCCGCGAACACGUAUCUCUGCUGUCUACUGAGAACAAGCCCCACAAAGAGCUCUCACCUUCCCAUAUAAGAUCAGACAUGGAAGCUGCAGCAAAUGUGGUUGACGUUUUGGGGAAUAUCUUCUGUAGUCCGUGGAACAGAGACGUCGUGCACCUGAUUUAGCCUGUCAACCGGGAUCUCAGCAACUCCUGAGGUCAGAGAUGACCUCUACAGGCUACUGAAAAGGGAAAAAGCGCGUCUGGAAAAUUCGUGGAACAGCGAUGCUCAUCUGAUGAAAGUGUUCCCUUUUUUGAUCCUCUGACAAAGCUCAAGCCUAAGUCAUUCAAGAAUCUCAAAGCUGUUACGAAGGUUCGUUCGAAGGAUGCUGUAAUUCCAAUCAAACUAGAUCGAGACGUUUUCGCGUGGAUGGCGUUAUUGGGACAAUUUCGCAAGAUAGACAUGCCAUUGGUGUUUAAAUAUCCUUUCGGACCACUACCUAGGGCGCUAGCAGAUCCUUAUGGUCUUCCAAGAAAGACUAACAAUCCACUCGAUGCUACAAGUUUUUAUGACGGAAUGGCUGUGCUUCAAAAGUUUAAACCACCGCCUGGAGCCACAUUUGCAGUUGUAGCCGAAAGUUUGUUCGCAAUGUUAACCAGCAACUCCAGCAAGCGAAUUGACGUUGUCUUGCGGCCAAUGCAGAUGCUCGUCAAGAAUCAUACCUAUGUGAAGACAAUGAAAGACAUUGGCAAGGAAUGGAGUGUAAGCGAUGAUACGUUUUGCGCAACAGAAGAGUUCGUGUGUCAUUUAUAUGGAAAGAAGGGUACGAAUGUGGAUUCAUUGCGAUAUGAGCUCCAUUAUGCGAAAGGUGGCAAGGUUGCGCCAGAAGCAUUGCCGCCAUAUCAAUCAUCGCUGCGGCUGCAUGUGUCUCGUGCAAACUAUCAGGCUGCUAUCAAGAGGAGAGCUGCAGAAGCAUUCCCUGAUAUCCCUUCUCCGCAUGGCGGGAACGUGAGCUUUUCUACUUUAGAAUUUAUAUGGCUUGGUUCGAAGCCCGCCCCUGAAGAAGUGAUAGAGCUACUUUCCUGCACCUGGAAACGCAGGUGUACAGAAGAUAUAUGCUGCUGCCUCAAAGCAGGUCUGAAAUGCACCGAAAUGUGCAGUUUGAAUUGUGACAAUAUGCCAUCUGGAGAUGAUGAAACAGUUCUCAGCGCCGAUAGCGACGAUGAAGUUGACGAAUAGAUAAUUGGAUACGUGUUACAAGGUAAGAGAGGAGAUCUACAGUUUGCAAAAUUUUGAUACCAAAGCGUAAAAGAUAACAAAUUGGCAGUUGAGCGAGUGUAUAACUUCGCUAAAUGAAAUAACAAAACGUUUCACUCAUUUUAGUGAAUAAUUCUAAAAUCAACAGUAACAAACUAUCUUCAAUUUAUACUUCAUUACCACACAAUUUGUAUCUGUUUAGAAAUAAAGAAAAUAUUUCCAAUGGACGAUACUUGUCAACAAACAAAACGAAGAAUGAUUAAUUGAACCACACGCAACAAUGGGAUUUAAAUAACUCUUAAACAUUGCAAUUCUACGUAAGGUACCGGUUAUUAUUUAUCGAGGGGGUGAAUAGGUAAAAAAAGCGGAUGGGUCACAAGAAAAAAAGGGGAGGGGGGUAUCAUUCAUUAUAAACCCUAUGCCAACAGUUGGUAAAAAUUUCGAGUCUUGUCAAUUUUCAUUUAAUCAACAAUUGACAGCAUACAGUAGGAGUAGUUUUAACAAAAUCCCUGGGGCUUAUAAUUGAUGCAAAUCUAUCGUUGCAAGAACACGUAAACUAUAUAUCCAAAAAAGUAGCCAAAGGCCUGGGAAUGUUAAGACGCAUUCGUGAUCUGAUGCCAAUUAACACGCUAGUUGACAUAUACUCUUCUAUCAUUCUCCCCCAUUUUGAUUAUUGUAGUUCUGUGUGGGAUAAUUGCAGAAAAGGUUUACGUGAUAAACUUCAAAAAUUACAAAAUCGAGCAGCUCGAAUAAUUACUAGGAGCAACUACGAAAUACGCUCUUCCCAAAUUUUAAAUGAGUUAAAUUGGCCGGCACUAGAAGGUAGGCGAAUGAAACAAAAAUCUUGUCUAAUUUUCAAAGUGUACCACAAAUUAGGCCCAUCUUAUCUUUCACAGUCAUCUAAUCGUGCGAAUUUAAUUCACAGUUAUGGUACACGAGGUCAUAAUUACAAUUUUGUUAUCCCUAAACCAAACACCAAUUUUUUGAAAAAUAGUCUCGAAUAUAACGG